AUGUGGAGGCGAUUAGCUGACUGCAAUCUAGUCAUACCAACAGAAAGAGCUUGCCAACGGCAACAACAAAUCUAUGCAAAUUGCCCCACAAGUAAUUUAUUCUGCAAUUCAACUGCAUCAUUCUCCUCUUCUUCUUCUUCAAGAAAAUCUUCGUCUUUACACAACUACUAUAUAAGAAAAAGAAGAAAAUGGCCAAUCCGACCGUACAAGACAGAGCGGCACCAAGCUUUUGCUUUUCAGCUGGCUAAGCAGUCAUUUAAACGAUCAAUCAGAAAAUCCAAAACCCAUCUUCUCUCUGACCUUGUUAGCUCCUUCGCUGCUUAUGAAGUUGACCCCACCCCCGAAUCAUACCAUUUUCUCUUCAAAGUCUUGAUUCAGAAUCGGCCCUCAAACUGGGAUGGCCAAGUCUCGCAGAUUCUUGAACAAAUUGAACAAGUUGAAAACUUUGAGACACCUGAAUGCAUCUUCAUUGAUUUGAUAAAGUUUUAUGGUGAUAACAAUAUGUUGAAUGAUGCUGUGGAGCUGUUUUUCAGGAUAUCGAAGUUUAGAUGUGGACCAUCUGUUGAAAUUCUGAAUACUUUACUUUCAGUUCUUUGUAGGAGUAGAAGGGGUCUUGAGAUUGUUCCCCAAAUAUUAGUAAACACUCAGGUGAUGAACAUUAGGAUAGAAGAAUCUAGUUUUGAGAUUUUGAUCAGAGCCCUUUGCAGAAUAGGUAGACUUAGUAAUGCUUUUGAGCUGUUGAAUCAUAUGGUGCAAGAAGGUUUUGGUGUAAACCAAAAGGUUUGUUCAUUAAUGCUUGCAACAAUGUGCAGGCAACUGAAUUAUAAUACUGGUGAAGUUAUGGGAUUUUUGGAGGAACUGAAAAAGCUAGGGUUUGAACCAAGAAAGGAUGAUUUGUGUAAUAUAAUUAGGUUUUUGGUGAACAAGGAGAUGGUUAAGGAUGCUUUGGGAUUGUUGAAACAGAUGAAAAUGAAUGGACUUAGGCCUGAUAUUUUGUGUUACAAUUUAGUACUUGAUGGGUUGAUCUUUCAGAGGGACUUCUUGAGAGCUGAUAAAGUGUUUGAUGAAUUGCUUGUUUUGGGGUUGAUUCCUAAUAUCCAUACUUACAAUGUGUACAUUAAUGGGUUGUGCAUGCAAAAGAAGGUAGAGGAUGGAAUAAACGUGCUGCAUUCCAUGGAGGAGUUGGGCUGUGCACCUGAAUUGAAUACCUAUAUUACAAUCUUAAGAGCACUCUGUGAAGCUGGAGAGCUGAUUAGGGUAAGAGAGAUGGUUAACAAAAUGCAGCAGAAAUGCAUGCAACUGAAUUCAGAGACCUAUGAGAUCAUUAUUGAUGGCUUUGUCAGUAAUGGUGAUAUAGAUGCAGCUUGCAGUUUGUUAAACGAAAUGUUGGACAAAAAUUUAGUUCCUCAGCCACCAACUUUGGAUAAAAUAAUCUGUUGGUUUUGCAAGAAUGGUUUGUACACUAAAGCCGUGGAACUGCUUGAAGAAGUGGUAAUGAAGGAUAUUGCACCAGGGGUCAGCGCAUGGCGGGCACUAAUCCAAGGAUGUGAUCUCACGUUCAAAGUUGAGAGGAUUGUCGAUUUGACUAAAAACCAGCUUCAAGUUGAUAAUUCUGCAGUUCAAAGGAGUUAA